AAUAGGAUGGACCCACCUAGGCGCACCGGACCUGAGUUAGAUUAAGCACCGGCAUCGAUUAGCUUCGUUUCGUUUCGGAUUCUCUUCUCUUCUCAUCUCGGUGUCGCGAAUCCUUUCUUCUGCGAUUCAGAUCAGAUCAGAUCUGCAGAAUCUCAGAUCCUGCAUCGAUUUAAUUGCAGAUUCAAUUCAACCCUAGAACAAACAUUUUCCUGAUUUCAAUUAUCAAUCGAACAAAAUGGUCGUUCUUGCUGCAUCCAUUGUCGGCAAGUCUGGUAAAGUGCUAGUUUCUAGACAGUUUGUGGAUAUGUCUCGUAUAAGAAUUGAGGGACUUCUAGCAGCAUUUCCCAAGUUGAUAGGCACUGGGAAACAACACACAUAUAUUGAGACUGAGAAUGUGCGCUAUGUUUACCAGCCAAUAGAAGCUCUGUACCUGCUACUUGUAACAAACAAACAGAGCAACAUACUGGAAGAUUUGGAUACUCUGAGACUUCUCUCCAAACUUGUCCCUGAAUAUUCGUAUUCCCUUGAUGAAGAGGGUAUCUGCAGACAUGCCUUUGAGCUGAUUUUUGCGUUUGAUGAAGUCAUCUCUCUUGGGCACAAGGAAAACGUGACUGUUGCACAAGUUAAGCAAUACUGCGAGAUGGAAAGUCACGAAGAGAAGCUACACAAGCUGGUUAUGCAGAGUAAGAUCAAUGAAACUAAGGAUGUGAUGAAGCGGAAAGCCAAUGAGAUUGAUAAAAGCAAGAUUGAAAAGAAUAGAAGUGAUAAAGGAGGGUUUGGUCCGUUAUCAUCAAUGGGUUCUGGAAGAAUUGAAAAUAGCUUCAGUGAUUCAAGCAUAUCUAGCACUGGAACUGGUUUUGGAUUGAGUACUGAUGUUGAUUCCUUUUCUACGAAACCUAAAGGUCGUCCAACUGCAUCUGCCGCUGCUCCGCCAAAGGGUCUUGGUAUGAAGCUUGGUAAAUCUCAAAAGACAAAUCAGUUUUUGGAAUCAUUGAAAGCAGAAGGCGAGGUCAUUCUAGAAGAUGUUCAGCCAAGACUUAGCCAGUCUCGGACAGCUGCCCCACCACUUACCGAUCCUGUCACUUUAACUGUUGAGGAGAAAUUAAAUGUGACUCUGAAACGAGACGGCGGAGUUGGUAGUUUUGAUGUUCAAGGCACAUUGUCUCUGCAAAUUCUUAACCAAGAAGAUGGACAUAUUCAAGUUCAGGUCCAAACUGGUGAUAAUCAGGCCAUCUCUUUCAAGACACACCCUAACAUGAAUAAAGAACUAUUUGCCCAUGACUAUAUACUAGGUCUAAAGGAUCCCAAUAGGCCUUUCCCCACUGGUCAAGCCAGUGAUGCUGCAGGUGUUGGUCUUUUAAAGUGGAGAAUGCAAAGCACCGAUGAGUCAAUGGUGCCACUGACAAUCAACUGUUGGCCAUCUUCUUCUGGAAAUGAAACUUAUGUCAACAUUGAAUAUGAGGCUUCAUCAAUGUUUGAUCUGCGGAAUGUUGUUAUUUCAGUACCUCUUCCAGCUCUUCGAGAGGCACCAUCUGUUAGUCAGAUUGAUGGAGAAUGGAGGUAUGACUCUAGGAAUUCCAUUUUGGAGUGGUCUGUCCUUCUGAUUGAUAACUCAAAUCGCAGUGGGUUAAUGGAGUUUGUUAUUCCACAAGCGGAUUCAUCAGCAUUCUUUCCCAUUUCAGUUCGUUUUGCAGCAACUGAGACAUUUAGUGACCUGAAGGUUACAAAUAUCAUACCACUUAAGGGCGGUAAUCCUCCCAAAUUUGCUCAGAGAACUCAGUUGAUCACAGAAAACUACCAAGUUGUGUGAUUGAUUUCCUCUCGACUUUUGAGUUUCUAAGACAGUUUUGCGUUUACAGUUUACAGCCAGUCGCGUUUUUUUCAUCAAUAGGAUUUAUUUAGCUGCAGUACUUGUUAAUACUCUAUUCAUGAAUUUAUACUUUUGGUUUUACUUCUCAAGACACGGAUGUUACUUCUAUUUACUAUCAUGUGAAGUAUCUUAUGUGGAAGGGGAUGCAUAUCCAUCUCCCCUUAAAAAUCUUAUAAGUUUAUAUAAAUAAGAAGAAUAUCAACUAUCUAAUACAGGUUAGUAAACUAA